GUCAACCCCGAAAAGACGGGAAGGAAGGAGAAAGCGGUUGGCCGAGGCGCUAGCUGGCGGAGCUGGCUCGGAGUCAAUCGAGGAGGCGGCGCUAGAGCAUCCGGCCCCACCCCUUAAAGUGCCCUGGGCGGCCACGCAGGUCCUGCUGUAAGCGAGCUGUAGCCUGCGGGCUGUAUUCCUUCUCACUGCUGAAGCGGAGAUGAAGGGCAGCCGCCGAACCACACACACCGUCUUUGGCGUGCAGACACCCGGGGCACGCAGAGGAGCCAGCGACCCUGCGCGCCCAGACCCUUCGCUGUGGGCUGUCCAGCCAAAGAGGAAGCGGAGAAGUGUGUUUGUCCCGGACUAGCUAGCCCCCUGACUACACGCGACACCUCUCCCGGACCCAGCUAGCGAGCUCCCACGCCGCUGAUCCGCCCCCUGUGAACGCGGCGCAAGGGCCGGGCCAGGGAAUGCAGCUAGGGUGAUCUGGCUGCACGGAGCUCAGAACCUAGUCCAGCGUAACAGAACCCCGCACUCAUCUGCAUGCUGCUUUGCAUCUCAUUUACAUAGUAAGCUUUGGGUCCACGCCAGCAGGUUCCCCACCCCUACGCAGACCCUGACGGAACCUCUCUGCACUCCUAAAGCCUUACAGUUCUGUCAGUGUCCCUGCCAGGCCCAUCUUGCUCCACAAGUUUUUUUUCACCCAUAAACAUCCCCCACCCAGCACUAGUUAAAAACCCUUCUGCGCAUCCCGGAUCCGACCACCCGGUUCUCCAGAAGACAAUACUCCAAUUCUCGGGGAAGUGGAAGAAACCAAGUUGGACCAGCGGGUGCUUUGGGACCCCACUGGGGCUUUGAAAACGUCAAGAUGUUAAUUAAUCUCCUCAGCAUUCAGAGACUUUCGUCUUAGUGUUGGUGGACAUCACAAAACUCUUCAUUGCUAUGGUUAGGGGGCGUCCCUCGUCCUAGAUUAGAAAAGUGGGUAGCCUGGGUUCCCCCAUAGACAGAGGUAAAGAUUGAGGGGGCCCGCCCCAUGAUGUCAUCUCCCCCCCCAUACAUACUCCCUGUCUCCUUCCCCCACAAACACCCCCACCCCCAAGCUAAAUGCGUUUAGCUCACAGAGUUUAGGCUCCGACUUGCCUGAGUUUAGGGAGCAACGAACACAGUGGCCCAAAGGGGUGCCUGCGGCCAACGGUCACCCCUACGCCUAGGACCUCUAGGCUGGAAUGAAGCUGGAGAUCUAGGGAAGCAAUUCCACCCCUUUGCUCGCUCUCCUCAAUCCUGCAGGGUGGUUUACCAUCCCCUGCCAGAUAGCUAUGGAUGGAUGAAAGAUUACUCUAACCUUCCACUCCAUGCCCAUCUUCUCUUCCACCAUGGAGAAAGCUUUGUUGCCUCUGACUGUAACAUCUUACCCAAGGCCCUUUAAUCAGCAACUCCCAGAACCUCCAGAACCGAGAUGUGUCUUGGAGCCCCAGGGCAGCCCUGAGCUGGCCCCUGCCCUUGUGUGUGCCCUCUGCUGCUGCUUUGGAGUCAUCUACUGCUGCUUUGGCUACCGCUGCUUCAAGGCAGUGAUGUUUCUCUCCGGUCUGCUGUCAGGAGCUCUGGUGAUCUUCCUACUGUGCCAUAAGGAACGGGUGCUGGAGACACAGUUGAGCCUGGAGGUGAGCGUGGGCAUCGCCCUAGGCAUUGGACUCCUCUGCGGCCUGGUCACCAUGCUGGUUCGAAGUGUUGGGCUCUUUCUGACUGGUCUCCUGCUAGGUCUGACCCUGGGUGCUGGAACCUUAUUGGGCACUGAACCCAUCUACCAGCCCCGCUCAGCUUGGGUGCCAGUCAGCGGACUGAUGGGGCUGGCACUGCUGGGAGCCCUGCUCACACUUCGGUGGCCACGCCCAUUCACAGUUCUAGGCACAGCACUGCUAGGUGCUGCAGUGCUGGUUGCCUGUGCUGACUACUUCUUGGAAGGACUGGCACUGGGCACUCGGCUUGGUGAACGCCUGCAGGCACUUCCAGAGUUGCUUCCUCUCUGCUGGUAUAACUGGGUCUUGCUGGGGACCUGGCCAAUCUUGGGGGCUCUUGGGACACUGGCCCAGUGGAAACUCAUGGCUGAGGAACGUGGAAGCCACACCAAUGUGAUCUUGAGCCACCACCAAAGGCAUCUCCAGCUCCUUCGGAUCCAUCAGCAAGAGGCUAAAAGGCAUCGGAACCCUUCUGGGACUGGACUGUGUGGAAGCAGCUAUCAGAAUCGGCUUCCGCCUAAUAUCCAGAGUCCUGCUCACAGUCCAGCUCCAAGUUAUCUCCAGAGUCUCCGUGAGUGUGAGCUGGUCCCAAGCACCCAGGCUGCAGGCCCCCACACUACCCUGGACCUGGAUUCUGACUGCAGCUCCACUGUCCUCCUUAGCACACCCCACUCUGACCAGACCUGAGCCCAACCUCCAGUGACACUGAUACCCCUGACCCUAUACUCUUGAAUCCUGCUACCUCGGUGGGGAGCUCCAUCUUCCAUGGUGCUUUCCCCUCUCUCCUCAAUGGAGGAAGACCGCAGCAUCUGCCUCAGCUCCCUCUCCAAAUGGCUCCUUGCCCUUUUUCUCAGAGGAGCCUGGUCUUUGGGGCUGUAUGGUAGCCAAGUGCCUUCUGGGAAGUAGCUUUCCUCCUAAAGCAGCAUUCGGGCCCAGCCGCCAACCGUUCUAACUCCCUCCUCGGACUCUCCUGACCAAGAUCUAUUUCCUGGUUUCCCAGACAUAUUAAAGAAAAUAUAUCUUUCCCCUGAGCAGCAAAUCUGUAAUGUGAGGGAGGAGGAACAAGGGAAUUCAGGAAUAAAAUGGCAUUGAAAAUUCAACUGAGGAGCUGGGCUUCUACUAUUGCUGCUUUUUACUUUGUUUGCACCACAAAACAGAGCUAAUCUGCC